AUGAGUUGCUUCCCUCUCUCAAUUCUAAAGACCUUUCACAUUCAUCGUCCAUCCAAAUCCAAGAAUAAGGUGGAGGACCGGAUCAGUGAACUCCCAGAUGAUGUGUUGGCCAUGAUCCUAAACAAACUGGUCACAGAAGAUGUCAUCAAGACAAGUGUGUUGUCUAAACGAUGGAAGAAUGUAUGGACAAAGGUUCCAUACCUCGUCUUUGAUAUGCAAAAUGCUAUCGUAACCAACAUGGAAAAUCUGACCGAUCAUUCUCAUCGUGUUGCCAAAGAAAUAACAAAGGUUAUAAACAAUCACGAUGAUCAUCUGGUGGGCUGCACAAUCAAACAUGAGUAUCACCAAUGUCACAACGGUGUGCUGGAAACGUGGAUUCGAUUACUUACCCUUCAGAAACAUACCAGGAUUCUCUCACUUUCAAACCUUCAUGUUCAUGGUAGGGGAUUCAAUCAGCUCUACUUGCCCCCAAAUAUAUUCUCCCAUCCAUAUCUCUCAUCACUCUUUCUAUGUCUAUACGAGUUAAAAACCGCAUAUGCCUUCAACCGAUGUUAUAACCUCAUGAUUCUCAAACUUGAAAAAAUCUCUAUUGAGGUUGACGUGUUAAACACAAUUAUUGCAUCGUGCCCCUCUCUCAAGGUGCUGGUGCUUGAUGUCAUGUGGGAUAACGGGAGGGCUUGCCUGAAGAUUCGUAACAAUAACCUAAAGCUCUUGCAUGUGGCUUGCUCUAAUGUUGAUGGUAUUGAGGUGUAUGCACCUCUUCUGGAUAUUUUCUCCAUUGACUACCGUUUUGAUGGGAAAUGUGACAUCGUCUUCAAUGCCCCUAGACUUUUGUUUACUAUAAAAUAUGGGUCUAUAAACAAGGGGAGAUUUAAAACCAUGACCUAUAAUAUUUCAUGUAAAGCUCGGGAGAUAGAAAAUCUUGGGGACAAGUUCUUGGUGGGUAGAGAUGCUAACUUUUUUCAGCAGCAUAAAUAUUUGGCGGUGUCCGUGGAUGUAAUGAAUUGGAAAGAAGUUGAGAUGUUGCGAAAUGUUUUAGCCGCAUGGAAUGGAACAAUGUUAGGUCUCUUUAUAUUAUUUAAGGUUAAGAAUGUUUCUAAGGAAGAAGGUGAGUCUUCGAUUGGUGGAACACAAGAGAAAAACUGGGAGGAAAACUUAUUUCCCAAUGCUGAUUUUCGCGUGGAAGCUGUGUGGAUGUAUCAAUUCCGCGGUACGAAUAAUAAACAAUUUGCAUUAGCUUCGCGUUUUAUAACGCAAGGGACCGUGACGAAGAAGAUGAUGUUCAUGACGCAUUCGGUUACUGAAAAGGUGAAGUUAGAUAUAGAAGCAGCAGUCGCCGAACUAAAGAAACUUCCAAAGGGUAACGAAAAUCUCGAUAUUGAAUGCUUAUGA